CACGCUUUUUCUUCUCCUUUUUCUUUCUAUUCUCAAUUUACAUCUUCAGAUCUUUGUCUUUUUUUUUUUUCUUUAUUUCUCCCAUUGACCAUUGCAUCUCUUGUUCCCCUCAUUGUGCCUCUCCCCCACUGUUGUAUAAGCAUAGAUCUUAGAUCGAUCUACACCAGUGACGUACAUUGCAGCGUCGCAACACCAUCUAUACCUUACCUUGCCCUCAUAUCAUCUUAUCCACAUCACCAGCACCGCCCACCAUGUCCAGCCUCAGGACCUUUUCCAGACUCGCCCGCCCCGCGCGGUCAUCACCGUCAGCUUCGCUCCACCGACCAUCACUCCUCUCAUCCUCCAUCUGCAGCCAGAAGCGCCUGCACUCCCAGAAACAUCCCAAGGGCUUUGCUCCGCCCUCGCACGAAGAGCUCGACGAGCUGCGCGAACGCGUCCACGACUUCACCCGCCGCGAGAUCCCCGAAGAGCUCGCCGCGCGCACCGACAAGACAAAUGCCUUCCCGGCUGAGAUGUGGGCGAAGCUCGGCGAGGCUGGCUUCCUCGGCGUGACGGCGGACGAGGACUACGGCGGUCUUGGAAUGGGCUACCAGGCGCACUGCAUUGUGCUCGAGGAGAUCUCGCGCGCUUCUGGAUCGAUUGGCCUGAGCUACGCCGCGCACUCGCAGCUGUGCGUCAACCAGAUCUCGCUGAAUGGCAAUGCCGAGCAAAAGGCCAAGUAUCUGCCGGGCCUCAUCGCCGGCACCAGCGUCGGUGCCCUGGCCAUGUCCGAGUCUGGCUCUGGCUCUGAUGUCGUCAGCAUGAGGACCACGGCCAAGCCCGUUGACGGCGGCUACGUCCUCAACGGCUCCAAGAUGUGGAUCACCAACGGACCCGACGCCAACGUCAUUGUCGUCUAUGCCAAGACGGAGCCCGAGAAGGGAUCCAAGGGCAUCACCGCCUUCCUGGUCGAUACCACGGCCGAGGGCUUCUCGUGCGCGCGCAAGCUCGACAAGAUGGGCAUGCGCGGCUCCAACACGGGCGAGCUCAUGUUUGAGAACGUCUUCGUGCCCACCGAGAACAUCCUCGGCAAGCUCAACGGCGGUGUUCGCGUGCUGAUGGAGGGUCUCGAUCUGGAGCGCCUGGUUCUCAGCGCCGGGCCCCUGGGUCUCAUGCAGGCUGCUCUGGAUGUUGCCCUGCCCUACAGCCACCAGCGCAAGCAGUUUGGCCAGCCAAUUGCCCACAACCAGCUGGUCCAGGGCCGUCUGGCCGACAUGUACACCAAGCUGCAGGCCUCGCGCGCCUACACUUACAACACUGCUCGCCAGGUUGACGAGCAGGGCGUGAUUCGCACCGAGGACUGCGCUGGAGCUAUUCUGUACGCGGCUGAGAGGGCGACGGAGGUUGCGCUCGACUCUAUCCAGCUGUUGGGUGGUAUGGGCUACAUGGAGGAGAUGCCCGCUUCUCGAUUGCUAAGAGAUGCCAAGCUGUAUGAGAUUGGAGCCGGUACUUCAGAGAUUAGAAGGAUGGUUAUUGGACGGGCGUUCAACAAGCAGUAUGCCAAUGCUUGAUUUGGAUUUGCAUCUGGACAUAGUUAAUAGAUAUGUAUAACCAAACUAGAAAUUGAAAAAAAGUGGAAAUUUAUUUGAAUCUUGCCAGGG